CUCAACACAAUUUCGUUUCAUGUUUUGGAAAUUGCGGAUCGCAAAUUUGUAACUUUUUAAGUUAAUCAGAAUAUCGGAUUUUAAUGGAAGAUUUCAGUUAUUACGUUUACAUUUCGUUAACAUUGAUCCCCGUGUAUUUAGCCUUCAGAUUGAUCCAGUGGAUGGGGUGGGAACUUUUCGUAAAUAAUUAAACCAACGGAAAGUAAAACAGUGCAACGCCCAUUUAGAUACCAUAUAUUUUGUGAUACAGUAUUUCAUAGAUCAUGUUUGAUUUCAUCAAUAAAGCACGCAUUAUUCGAAUCUAAUA